AUGGACUAUAAUCUAUUGGACCAUCAGAAGUUCUUAAAUGAGCUCCAUGGUACAUACUUUCCACCAGCAACUCAGAAAAAAAUUAUUUCCUUCGAAGAUCCGUGUUAUAAUCCUUUCGAUGUGCCACUUUCUGACUUGGAAGAAUAUCUUGAUCCAUCCGAGAGAAGCUCCAGGAAAGGCUCUUCGUUUUAUUCUUGUGAUGAAGACUUUGCUUCGUCUUCUUUAUGUCUGCAGACUUUACCAACGUUGCAUUCCAAUGAUUUUCCAAAAGUUAUCACCACCAAAAAUUCCACUUCAGGAAAACUUGCUGUGGCAUCACCUCGUCAUUUUCUUGAAGAAACUAAAGUUGUACAGGUGAAAAAGUUCGAUAAGAAAUCAGAGAAGAAUUUCGAUACCAGUACAGUUGGCUUUCAUCCAACUACUGAUGAUCUCAGAGUUUAUUCCAGUUGUGAAGAAAAUUCUCCUGAAAAGUCGUUCAGUCUUUCUCAAUGUCGAGACGGUAACGGUUUACCUGACUGUUAUUCAUUUGGCAUUGGAAUGGAGCGAAAUCGGCGGCAGGAUUCACUUGAAGGAAAGGAAAAGCAGACGAAGAAGAAACGUUUAAGUUAUAUCAUCAGUGAAAAAAAAGCUACCUCAAAGACCAGCAAUCACCGUCGAGUGAGGAGAGAAAGAGCCAACGAACGCGAGAAGCAACGUAUUGUAGUGAUGAAAAAUGCAAUGAAUAUUUUAAAAAACGCCGUUCCUACCGCGCGGGAGAAACAAAAGAUCACAAAAUUAGAGCUUCUGAAACUUGCCAGUGAUUAUAUUAGUUCCCUGAGCAAGCAACUCCUUGUAGAACCAUCCAAUGGACAUAUUGAAAUGGAGCAAUAA